AUGGGCCGCCCGGGAGGCCGUUUCGCGCCACGUGGUCCGCCACGUGGUGGUCCGUCGCUGCCCUUCUCCUUGCAGAAGCAACUCCAAGAGCCCGACGAUGACGAUGAUGACGUGGCGAUUUCUGACGACGAGGGCAGGGUUUCGGGUUUACCGCGCAAAAAGGGUUUAUCGCGGAAAGAGCAGCGACGGCAGCAGCGGCAGGAGAAGCAGCAGAAGCGGCAGGAAUGGGCGCAGCAGCGCGUGGGGGGACGGAAGGCGGGGAGCGCAGGGGCAAACGCGGGGGGCGCGGAAGGAGGCACGGGAAGCGGGAAGGGAGCAGGUGGAGCAACGGGAGGGGGUCAGGCGCAGGCGAAGGGGGAGGGCCAUGGCGGGGGGAAGGUUCAAGCGGGGGAGGCAGGUGCCUGGGGGAGAGAGGAUCAGGGGAAGGGGGCGGGCGGAAAGCAGGGCGCGACAAAAGAGGCUGGUCGGGUGGGACAAAGCGGCACUUCAGCAGCGGGAAAGAGCGGAACUGCUGCUGUUGGCGGAAAGAGAAAAGUGGCGGAGGUGGCAAGUGGCGGGGGGAAAGAGAUGGUGGGGGGUGCUGUGGGGAAGGGCACGGGGACAGGAGCGCGAGAGGCAGCGAGGGGUGGAAAGAGAGUGGGUGUGCAAGUAGGGACGAAAGAAGGGAAGACGGAAGGAAAGAAAGAGGGGAAGAGAGAGGGGAAGAGUGGGGAGGAGAGGGAGGGGAAGAAGAGGAAAAUGACGAACUUUGAGAGGCUGUUAGAGAUGGAAGAGAAUGGAGGGAUGACGGUGGGAGAGGAGGAGGAGGAGGAGCGGAUGCUUGCAAAGAAGCUGAAUGUGAAAGGCGGGGUUUUGCCAGGGUCUAAGGACGGUUUGGAAGGGUUUUUAGGGUUUGGAGGGAGUGAUGAGGAGGAUGAGUGGGGUGGGAUGGGAGGAGGUUUAGGCGAUUCGGAAGACGAGGAGGAGGAUGAGGAGGGGUUAGAAGGGUUUAGUGAGGAAGAUUAUAAUGAGGAUAUGGAGGAUGGGGAGGAGGAGAGCGAGGAAGGAGAGGAAGGGGAAGAAGGGGAGGAGGGAGAGGAGGGAGAGGAAGGGGAGGAAGAAGAGGUGGGAGAGGAAGGGGAGGAGGGAGAGAUGGAGGAGGACAAGGGGUCGUUGGGUUCUUUUGAGGAGGAUGGGGAGUGGUCAGAUGAUGGUAGUGAGGAGGGAGAGGAGGGGGAUGAAGGGGAUGAAGAAGUGGAGGAGGAAGGGGAGGAGUGGGAGGACGAGGAGGAAGAGGAGGGUGGAGUAGCAGCAGUGGAAGGAGCAAAGCCCAUGAGUGCGCUGGCAAAUCAAACAGUAGGCGAGGGGGGGAAGUACGUACCGCCUCAUUUGAGACGAGCGGCGGCAGCAGGAGGAGCAGGGGACGAGGACGAUGCUGCUGAGCGGCAGCAGGUGAUCCGACGGCUGAAAGGCCUCUUGAACCGGCUUUCAGAGUCCAACGUGGAUGCCAUCAGCGCUGACGUCAGCACACUUUUUCAGCUGCACAAGCGCUCAUUAGUGGCAGCACUGGUGACAGACGAGGUCGUCACUGCGUGCACCAAUGCACCCCGGGGCAAUGAACAGUACGCGGCAGUGUUUGCGGCGUUCAUCGCUGCAACAGCAUCCACGGUUGGGAUCGACUUUGCAGCCAACUUCGCCGCCACCCUUGCUGCUCGCUUCGAGGCGCUGUACGAAGCAGAUGAAGCACUGGGUCUGCGCAAUCUCACCAUGCUGCUCGCCUACCUAUACGUCUUCAAACUGCUUGCGCCGGAGGUGAUAUACUCGUUUUUAGCUCGCCUCACUGAUGGGUUCAAAGAGCUCGAUGUGGCUGCCAUGAUUCACCUUCUACAGUCGUGCGGCCUUGCCCUGAGAGGCGAUGACCCCGUGGCAAUGAAGGAGUUCAUCCUGGCCGUGCAGAGCAAGGCGGCUGAUAUACGGAGGCAGGCGCAGGAGGCACAGAGUGAGGGUUCUGGUGGUGCAAAGGCAGCGCCAGUGUUGAGCAAGCGAGUCGAAUUCAUGCUCGAGACCAUCACAGACAUCAAGAACAACCGAGCGCCGCGCAACGCCGGCCGCAGGGGAGGAAGUGGGACCAUGGGAGGAACAGGGGGAGCAGUCAUGGGGGGAGGGGGGGCGGCUGUAGGGGGAGGGGGAGGGGUUGUGGGGAAGGGGAAGGGGAAGGGGAAGGGGAAGGGGAAGGGGGCGGUGAGCGUGUUUACAAAGGCGGGAGGGGGGGGAGCAGAGGCGAGUGAUGGCAGCACGGCCGUUUCCCGCCUGCAAAAGUGGCUGCUGAAGCGCCCAGUCGAAAUCGUUCAGCUACGAUUGCUGACGUGGCAGCUCCUGAUUGACCCGCACAAGCACGGCCAAUGGUGGCACACCUCCUCCUCCUCCCAACCCCUCGGCUCCCUACCCGCCACGUCAGCAGCACUGGGGGGCAGCAGCGGCAGCGCCAGCCUGGCAGUCCAGCUGGCGGGGAACGCGCUGCUGGACGCUGCUGACGUGGCGGAAGCUGAGAGGCUGAUGCAGCUGGCGGCGGCGCAGAGGAUGAACACGGAUGCACGGCGGGCGGUGUUCUGUGUGAUUAUGAGCGCCGAGGACUAUAUCGAUGCCUUUGAGAAACUGCUGAGACUGGGUCUACCUGGCAAGCAGGACCGGGAGAUUCUGAGGGUUCUAGUGGAGUGCUGUAUGCAGGAGCGGCACUUCAACAAGUACUACAGUCUCCUAGCUGGGCGGCUGUGUGGGCAUGCUCGGAGCCACAAGUUCAGUCUGCAGUACUGCCUGUGGGACCACUACCAGCAGCUACCUGACAUGGACCCCCGCCGCUCUCUCCACCUCGCUCAGUUUGCCGCCCAGAUCGUUGGCACCCACGCGCUCUCCCUUGCAUUGCUCAAGCCCUGCACUUCCGCCUCUUCUUUCGUGCCCUUUCCUCCCCUUCCCCCUCCUUCCUCCUUUCCUCCCCUUUCCUCUCCCAUCGUUUCCUCCCUUUCUGUCCCCCUUCCUCCCCCCUUCGCCUGCUUCUUUCUUACCCUUUCCUCCCGUUCCCCCCACUCCCCCCUCCCACCCCACUCCUUCUCCCCUCAGCCGGUGGAUUUUGCAGACCCAGCAGCCAUGCCCCCGCGCAUAGCAACCCACUUCCGCCUCUUCUUCCUCUUCCUCCUCUCCUCCUUCCCCCCCGCCACCCUCUGGUCCCUCUUCUCCCGCAUCGCCGCCCCAACCACCCUCGGGCCGCUACGAGACGGAAUCCUCCUCUUCUUCGCCGCCCACCUCUCGCCACACGCGCCGUCCACGCGGCAACUGCUACAGUACAUUAGGAGCGAGGGGGGGAGUGAGAAUGGGGAAUCUGCUGCUGGUGUGGGGAAGAAAGGGAAGGAGGAGAAGGUUCUAGAAGAGAGGUUGAGAUUGGCUAAGAAAGCGAUUGCAAACAUUUCUGGGACCCCUUACCAGUGA